UAGCUCCUCAUUGGAUCCCUCUCGAUGCCUCUGUUCCGGAUAGGCGGAUGCCUUCCGAUGGGGAUUCUGACGCACUCGAAUUCCGGUAGUGCGGCAAAUCUCAGAUUACGGUAAUAUCGCGUGAUCAAGAUGCAUCACGCACUUUUACAGCGACUUCCGAUUUUGCGCCGCAAACUAGGCCCCAAAGUGGUAAAGCAAGACAGAAGAGGGAUGGGUCUCGGAAGGGGCAGAGCCUGCAUGCAAUGGGGAAUUGGGCGUGGAUUUGGUAGGAAAGGAUGUCAGUCAAUCCUGGGCGGGGAAAAUAAAGCCUCCCGCACCAGCAAUGACCGAGGCUCUGGGUAAGAGGAAUCUGGGAUGGGCGGGGCCUCGAUCCCGUGAAAUUUUGGAGGGGGUGUGGAGCAUAGUGAGAAGGGUUCCUCCGAGACUGGACUCGUGCUAGCGCUCUCCGCUUAGGCUGCUGUGUGGCACAGCUUCGCCUGGCUCUGGGCGCGAUGCAGCAUCGCAUCCUCACCUCGAUCCCCAGCCUCUGGGACUCCAUCCCCUGCCCGCGCUCUGAGCUGGACCUGGACCUGGUGCUGUCCUCGGGCCAGUCCUUCAGGUGGAGAGAGCACAGCCCUAGGCACUGGACUGGGGUCCUGGACGGCCGGCUAUGGACCCUGACCCAGGCAGACGAACGGCUGUACUACACCGUGUACGGGGAGGAGGCGGGACCCGGGGCUCCGCAGACCUUGUGCCGGUUCUUCCAGCUCCACGUCUGCCUGGCAGACCUGUACCAGCACUGGUCCUCCGCCGAUCCCCACUUCCGAGAAGUGGCCUCAAGAUUCCCGGGAGUCCGGCUGCUCAGACAAGACCCCGUGGAAUGUCUCUUUUCCUUCAUCUGCUCUUCCAACAACCACAUCUCGCGCAUCACCAGCAUGGUGCAGCGGCUCUGCCAGCACCUGGGACCGCCGUUGGGCCAGCUGGACGGCGUCUCCUAUCACGGUUUCCCCAGCUUGCAGGCUCUAGCCAAGGCGGAGGUGGAGCCCCAACUUCGGGAGCUGGGUUUUGGGUACCGUGCCCGCUUUGUGAGUGAGAGUGCCCGUGUGGUCCUGAAAGAACGAGGGGGAGCCAGCUGGCUGCAGCAGCUCCGAGCAGCAUCCUACGAGGAAGCCCAGCGGGACCUUUGCUCCCUGCCCGGGGUCGGGGUAAAGGUGGCCGACUGUGUGUGUCUCAUGGCCUUGGACAAGCCCCAGGCCGUGCCUGUGGACGUCCAUGUCUGGCACAUCGCCCGCCGGGACUAUGGCUGGCAGCCUGCUUCCAAGAGCCAGAGGAGCCUGAGCCAGAAGACCAGCAAGGAGCUGGGAGACUUCUUCCGGAGCCUGUGGGGACCCUAUGCUGGCUGGACUCAAGCGGUUCUGUUCUGUGCAGACCUGAGACAGAUCCCCAAACCACAAAUUCUCCCUGCAAAGCCCAAGCCCAGGAAACGCCAGAGGGGAGCCUCAUCGGGACGAGAGGAUGCUGGAGACCCAGGAUGAGGGCAGCUGCCUCACAGACUCUUAAGUCCUCACCAGGGACAGAUUCCCUCCCUCCCCUCUCCCCACCCCACCUGGCCUCAGGUUUGGGGAUUCCGUGGCUCUCAGCAUCUACCUCAGGGGGACUUUCCAUCUCCAUGUCAGAUGGUCAGUCAUGCACUACAGGGGAAAGGAGGGGAUCUGGAAGUGUGUGCCAAGCCGGAGGGAUGAAGCACUUCAAUGGUUUUAACCCCUUCCCUUUAAUACAAGAAUGAACAAUAAAAUAGAAAUAUUUGUUUGGAAAA